GAAGUUGCAUUGCAGGGGUGGGACUUCUGCAGUCGGGAGGAGCGCUCCAAGAGAGAUGCUCUCAGCAACGGUCUCCACAGGACCUCGCAUCGCACACAGUUUACAUGGAGGUAGCGGCUUGUAUACGCAUCUGAUACGACUGCUGCACGAAAUAGCAAAUGGACUGACAACGGCACAGGCAUUCCCUAUUGAUUUUGUGCUCCGACAGAGAAAUCCACUGGACGGGUAGCCCAUCGUUUCCCGCGUAGAGAAGUGCCUGUGCGUUUCAUGGAUAACGGCGAGUGAGCUGAAGAAGGGAGAGUGGUGGAGUUUCUCCCCUUUCUCACUGCACCAAAACAAAACUCAUUCAAGGUAGGCGUCUGCAAGCAUGUCCUCAGCCCAGGGACGGGACAUAUCUGACUAUCAUAUGAGCGUGGUCCGUGACCCUUCUGGCUGGGAGGCGGGGAUCUACGCGAUCGGCUUCCUGGUGUUGCUGGGGGUGGUGGGUCUCAACCUGUGGAAGCUGUGGAAGUCCGGCUCCUUCCCUGCCCCUUCGCCUUACCCCAACUUUGACUACCGUUACCUGCAGGAGAAAUAUGGCACGUCCUUCUCUGAGGUCCGGCAAAAGCGAGCAGCAGCCAAUCACCGGAGGGAGUCAGCGUCACUGUCGGUGAGCCGCAAGCCCAGCCUGCAGCUGGGCGACACGCCGGACGGCCUGCGGGACGGCCUGAGGGACCUGGGCACGCUGGAGCUGAUGGGCCGCGACCUGGACCCGGCGCAGCUGCACCGCUCGCUCUCCACCGACUCGCUCUGCUCCGUCUCGUCCAUCGGCAACAACUUCGGCCACGACUUCACGGUGGGCCAGCUGGAGGUGACACUGGAGUUCGACGGCCGCUCCAGCGCCCUGCACCUCUAUCUGCACCAGGGCAAGGACCUGAUGGAGAAGGAGGAGGAGAACUUCCCUGGCUGCUUCAUCCGCAUCACGCUGCUGCCCGAGGAGCUCAACGUGGGCGUCAGCAAGGUCCAGGCAAAUGCGUUCACGGUCAUGUUUGAUGACCACUUCUCCAUACCGUUGGUGGCAGCUGCGCUGGACGAGUACAGCCUGCGCUUCUCGGCGUUUGGCAUCGAUGCCGACGAGAGGAACAUCAGUGCCGGGGUGGCUGAGCUGAAACUGUCCGACCUGGACCUCUCCAUCCGCCCUUUCAACGCCUGGCUCUACCUGCAGGACCUGAACAAGGCUGUCGAUGCCGUUGGGGAAAUUUUGCUGUCACUCAGCUACUUGCCCACAGCAGAGCGGCUCACAGUGGUUGUGGCUAAAGCAAAGAACCUAGCAUGGACCAAUGGCAAGACCACAGCAGACCCCUUUGUGAAGGUAUACCUCCUUCAAGAUGGCAGGAAGAUCAGCAAAAAGAAGACCUCAAUAAAGAGAGACGACACAAAUCCAAUUUUCAAUGAAGCCAUGAUAUUCUCUGUGCCUGCCAUUGUAUUGCAGGACCUCUCCCUGAGGGUCACUGUGGCUGAGAACACAGAUGACGGCCGAGGCGAGAACGUGGGCCACGUGAUCAUCGGGCCGGAGGCCAGCGGCAUGGGCAUCACCCACUGGAACCAGAUGCUGGCCACACUGAGGAAACCCGUGUCCAUGUGGCACCCCAUACGGAGGACCUAACCCACAACGCACCACACUGCAGUCCCCCGACACCGACCACCAACCUGCAUGGUGCCUAAGUCUCUCAGACCUGUUGGCAAAAGAAUGACUUUAGUAAAGGAAUCAAAAAAAGAAAUGUUUUUUUUUCUCAAGAGGCCUCUUUGCCUUUUGUACAAGCAGACCUUUCUUUAUAGGCUGAGUGUGGAUUUGGUGUUAAAUGAGCCAGCUGAUCCCCUCAGAAGGAAAGAAACAGACAGUAGAUGUUUUUGGUUGGUUACAUGUCUUGUGCUUUUGGGAAAAAAUAAUCCAGGUUCUGUAAAUCCAGGUAAAUUAAUUUGUUAUUGUUGUGACAGGGUGGCCUAAUCUUACUAAGCAGGUAUAAUACGCCAGUAGUGAAUAUUGCAGUGAAAUAUUUGUAUAUGGUAAAUGUGAAGCUAACUGCAGUAGCUACUACAUCACAUUUAAACAAAUGUCUGCUGUCUGGUUUUAUAUGGCCAGUAUAGUGUAAUGUAAUACUUUCUGUAUUUAUAACACAUUUGUUAAUUUUCUCCUUAUUUGUUAUUUAUUUAUUUGGUGCAUUUGAUGAUUAUUAUGAUUACAAAAUAUUCACCCGUAUUGAACACAAAGAAAAACACAAUGCUGAACUUGUAUCCAAAAAUGCAUUUGGUUGCUGUGAGGGUGUGUCUUGUUAGACAGCCAUAUGUAGCUUUGAUUUGUAGCACUUAUGAUCAUAUAAUGAUGGAUUAAGCUAAUUACUACUUUUAUCUAUGACUGGGCAAAAUGAGUAGAUUUCUUGUGACUACAAAAUCGACUUUGAUGAAGUCCUACCAAAACAGAAAAGGUGAAACAGAGACCAUCAGUCACUAAUGCUCUGCAAUCAUUUAUUUGUAUGACAAAUUAUUUGUAUGCCAUUUGUACAGUAUGGUUAUCAUUUAGUAUUUUUCUGAGAUUACAUCUCACAUUACACAGUAGUUAGGCAAUAAUGAUUUCUUUCCACUACUGAAUGUAAACUAAUGAUUAGCUGUUACAUUUAAUGGAUCCAAUCAGCCCUUAUUAACAAAAAGCUGGCCUUAUUGUAAUUCUGUGUUUCAUGUGACAUAUAUUAGCCUAUAUGGUGGCCAACAUGCAUCUAAUCUAAACAUCAUCAAUGUCAGGUUCCAGUGGACGGUGGAUGCAGGUUUCUUGUAGGUUUUGCUGCACUUGCCAUUUGAAUAAUUUAUGGUAGUUACUUUUUUGUUUUUUAAAGUGAGCUUUGCCAGAUUUAUCCAUGUGCCAAAUCCAUUAUUAUGAAGCAAUAUUUUCAUUUUCAGUAUUCUCAUGUUUUGUGAGAUUGAGACAUGAAAACAUUUUAAACUGCAUGCCAAUGUUUACACCUCGUAUGCCACCCAGAACAUGAAACAUUGUGUUGAAAUAAUUGUUUAAGUAAAAAUAAAAAAUACUCAAUAGACUUUGGGUUUCACAA